AUGUAUUUACCAGUUUUUCUAACUUUAAUUUUAAGUUUUUUGGUAAAACUAACCAUUUGUAAUGAAAGACCAGUGAUUGGAAUAUUAACACAAGAAGUUUAUUGGUCUAGUUUUAAAAAGUUAAUACCAUUUAAUAAAUCGUAUAUAGCUGCAUCUUAUGUCAAAUCAAUAGAAGCUUCUGGAGGACGAGUUGUACCAGUUUUCACCAACAGAACUACUGAAUAUUACAUGGAUGUGGUGAAAAAAGUGAAUGGCAUUUUGGUCCCAGGAGGAGAAUGUGCGUUGAAUAUUAGUUAUGGAAUCAGUCAAUCAACAUAUAAAAUUUUUCAAAUUGCAAAACGUAUAAAUGAUAACGGAGAUCGAUUUCCAAUACUUGGAAUUUGUCUAGGAUUUGAACUUCUUCUAAUUGCAUCCAUUGCUGGAAAAAAUCCUCUAACACUCUGUGAUUCUAAGAACAUGAAUCUACCUCUGAACCUUAUACCAACAAUGGAAGAGAAAAGUUUCUUAUUCAAAUCAAUGCCAAAAAAGGUUUGAAACAUACUACUUACAGAACCAGUCACAGCAAACCACCAUAAUUAUUGUGUAACAAAAAAGAACUUUAGGUCAAUGAACUUAGAUCGUUUUUGGAAUCCUAUAACAAUAAAUAAAGAUGAAAAUAAUUUAACAUUCAUAUCCACAGUAGAAGCUAAAAAUUAUCCAUUUGUGGGAUUACAAUUUCAUCCAGAAAAAAAUGCUUAUGAAUGGAGAAAGAAUGACCCUCAUAGUUGGUCAGCAAUAUAUUCAGCACGCUAUUUUUAUAAUUGGUUUGUUAAUGAAUGUCGUCAAAGUAAGCAUAGAUUUAUUAAAAAUUAUAUGCUAGAAAAUGAACUAAUUUAUAAUUAUCCUACUACAUAUAUUGGAAGAUUAAAUUCUGUUUUUGAACAAAUAUACUUAUUUGAUGAAUGA